AUGUUUCGACAAGCAAGGCCGUUGUCCACUGCCGCCUCUCUUCUUAAAUCUCAAGCAUCCACCCCCGCCGCCCGCCGCUACUCCUUCCAAGUCUUCCGCGAUGUCCCUCCGCUCCGAGCCCUCCGCCGCGAGCUCCUCCUCUCGGAGCGCACCGUAGGCCUCGUACCUACAAUGGGUGCCCUGCACGAGGGUCACCUCUCGCUCAUCCGCCAAGCAGCCUCCGAAAACACCGACGUCGUCGUAAGCAUCUUCGUCAACCCCACACAGUUCGGCGUCAACGAGGAUCUCUCAAGCUACCCGCGCACAUGGGACGCCGAUAUCACGAAACUAGAACAUUUGAACGCCGAGCUUUCGUCUGAUAACGGAGAUGGAAGCAGUAAAGGUCGGAUCACGGCUAUUCUUGCGCCAACGGCAAAGACAAUGUACCCAACUCUCCCGCCUUCCUCGGAGGUCGAUGGCGACGGCUCGUUCGUGACGAUCACCCCGCUGUCCAAGAAGCUGGAGGGUGCGUCACGCCCUGUCUUCUUUAGGGGUGUUGCGACGGUAUGCAUGAAGCUUUUCAACAUUGUUGGUGCCGACCGGGUUUACUUCGGGCAGAAGGACGUCCAGCAGACAGUUGUUAUUAAGCGCAUGGUCAAAGAUUUCCACCUCGAUACCGAUGUCCGGAUCGGGCCUACUAUGCGGGAGGACGAUGGAUUGGCCCUGAGCUCGCGGAAUGUAUAUCUGGGAUACCGGAGACGCGCUGUUGGGCUGGCUCUCUACACGGCUUUGAAAGCAGCCGAGAGCGCAUAUCAGUCUGGAAAACUCAACCGGGCCGACAUUCUAAAUGCUGCGAACAGUAUCACGGAAGGGGUUCUAUCGAAGCAAAAGAAUUUGUCUGAGUCGGAGCGUACCCUGUUUGAAGUUGAUUAUAUCUCUCUGGCUGAUCCGGAAUCACUUGAUGAGGUUGACACCGUCGAUCCCGCAAAGGGCGCCAUUCUCAGCGGUGCGAUUAAGAUGACUCCGCUUGAAAAGACCAACUCUGGAGAGGAGUGUGGUCUUGGAGAUGGCAAGGUUCCGGUUCGGUUAAUUGACAACCUGAUAUUGAAGCCUGUGGAAUAA